UCUUUUCUAUUACAGCCGAGGUGAAUAGUCUCGAUGUCGGUGAGAAUGUCCGGAGCUCACGCGGAGUGCGUGAUUAAAAACAUUAUCCUCGAAAUCGUGCACGAGAGCGCCGCGAGAGGUCACGUGGUGUCGGACACGCUGGCCGCGUUCAUGGUGAAAGCGGUGGUGCUGGACCCGAGGAAUGGGUUCAACGUUGACCGAACGCUGACGAUACAAGACGUGCAGAAACUCCAAGAGCUGUGUCUGGAUAAGCUCUCGGAGCAGUGCAGCCCGUCGCUGGACACCAUCAAGAUGCAAGUGUACUUUGACAUAAGCUACACCUCCCGGCGUGAGUUCCUGGAGGAAGUCCACCGGGCGGCGGAGUCGAGGCUGAGCGCCGUGAGCAGAGAGAUCACCGACAGCAGAGCGAAGACGGGCGACGACAUGGCCGCCUUGUACCGCAGAAUCGUGGCUUACAUGCAGCUGAGCUCCGGCUUGGUCUCGCCGACGGACCGCCACGCCGAGCAAGAGGCCGCGGCCGCCCUGCAGAGCGUCUUCCCUCAGACCGAACUGGGAGCCUUCAUGGUGCUCCUGAAGAGGGACAAGGAGCAGCAGCUCCGCGAGCUCGCCACCGUCGUCACGGGGAUCCGACUCUUCAACAGGGCCGGCGGGGCGGGAGGCGAGGAGGCCGGCCUCCGCGAACUAACGUCCGCGCUUCUCAGCGAAGUUCUCCCAGUCGCCGGCAGCGGCGUGGAGCAGGACCUGAGCGCGUCGCAGGCCUCGGCGUGGAGGUACACGGCUCUGCAGGAGCGGCCGGCCGGAGGACGCCACGACGCGCCCACCGCCGUCCUGCGGGCGCUCUACAACGUCCGGCAGCACGAAGCCUUCCUCAAAAUGUUACUGUCCGACUUACGUUUAGGCGCCCAGCGAGUCGAGACCCUGCAGACUGAGCUGGCCUCACAGAUGAAGAUGCUGAAGGAAACCGUCCAAUCACAGACGGCCGUACCGACCGCCAAGGUUUUCCCGCUGUUCAAGUCGUUGUCCAAGCUGUGGUCCGGCCUCCGGGACGAGGCCGAGCUGCUGAGCAUCCUCGGCGACAUCGCCCGCAACCUGCGGCCCUUCGUCGCCUCUCAGGCCGAGAUCUUUCCCCGGGAGUACGUGGACGGCCUGCUGGAGGCGGCGGAGGUGAAGACGGACGACCAGAGGAUGGCGGAGUCCUCGGGUGAGCGUCUCGCUCCGGCUGAGAUGGAGUCGCAGGAUUGGCUCCUGCCGGAAACAACCGUCGGCUUCAACGAGCUGCCGCUGCAGUACAACGGCGUCUGUGGCUCCACGCUCGUGAGCAGAGACGGGCUUCUGCUCCCAGGUAACCCACACAUCGGGGUUCUGAAACACGAGGAGAAGCUCUACGUCUUCAGCUCCAGAGAAGCCGCCCUGACGUUUGCCUCCAGCCCAGGCGACUUCGUUGCAGAGGUGGCGGAGAAAGCCAAGCUCUUCCCCGAACUCAUCCAGCUCCUCGGACUCCACCAGCAGUUCUCCUGCGUCGGCCCUUACUCCGAGCUUCAACCAGGAGAGAGUUUCCCGGGGAAUCUCGUCACCAAGUGCGAGAGCGGCACGCAGACCGAUGUCCACCCGCCGGAGGCGAACGUCGUCGGGUCGUACGACUGGAACGAGUGGGAGCUGCGGAGGAAAGCCAUCAAACUGGCGGAUCUCAGGACCAAGCUGACGCGCUCGGUGCAGACGGAUCUGAGCCACAUGAGGCGGGAAAGCGCCACUCAGACCUGGCUGCCCAGGAACGCCGCCUGCCAGAGCAAGAGGGAGGGCGGGAGCAACGUGCCCAAGCCUCAGGUCUACGUGGCCGGUCUGAGGGGCCAGAGACACGGACGCGUGGUCAAAACCAACCUGACCAGGCCCGUGGAGGAGAAAUGACCGGGUUAGGGCUAA